AUGAUUUGCAAUGCCAAGUUGAGCAAUUCUAGUCUAGCACCGGCAAAACUAAAGGAACACUUCCUAAAGCUGCAUGGAGAUGGGAAAUGCAAGAACACAACGCUCGCUGAAUUCAAGGUGAAGAGAGCCAGAUUCGAUGAAAAGGCUACUCUGCCUGUUCUCGGCUUUGUACCCAUCGACAAACCAAUCCUCACAGCAUCGUACGAAGUUGCGUACCUGAUCGCAAAGCAGGGCAAACCACACACCAUUGGUGAAACACUCGUAAAACCAGCUGCAUUGAAGAUGGCGAAUAUCAUGCUGGGAAAAGCUGCUGAAGAUAAGUUAUCCCAAAUUCCUCUUUCAAAUGACACUAUCAGCAGCAGAAUAGACGACAUGAGCGAUGGCAUCUUGGCUCAAGUAGUUGCAGAUCUGAUUUCAAGCCCAGCAAAAUUCAGCCUCCAACUCGACGGGACCACCGACGUUUCCAAUCUAAGCCAGCUUGUUGUAUUCGUGCGCUAUAUGAAAGACGACGUGAUAAAGGAAGAUUUUUUAUUUUGUCUCGUGGAUGACUUCUUCAGAGACAACGAUCUUUCGUGGAAUAUGGUUUCUGCAGUUUGUUCGGACGGAGCUCCAGCCAUGCUGGGACGACACUCUGGUUUUGGAGCGCUGGUGAAAUCCGAUGCACCACACAUCAUUGUUACGCACUGUGUUCUGCACAGUGCUAUGAAGCACCGCAUCUUCAAAGAGCUGUGUAAGGAAAUGGGCUCUGAAUUCGAGGUACUUCUGUACCAUUCUAACGUUCGGUGGUUAUCCCGGGGAAAGGUGCUGAAUCGUGUUUUUGCCAUGCGUGUGGAAUUAGCCCUGUUUUUCAAUGAGUACCAAGAUUGUCACGCAGAUUGCUUCGAAAAUUCUGAGUUCAUUCUCAUUUUGGCGUACAUGGCCGAUAUUUUCGAUGCUCUCAAUCAUCUCAAUCGACAGAUGCGGGGCGGUGGAGUCAACAUCAUCGAAGCGGAAGAAAACCUGAAGGCGUUUAAAAAAAAGCUACCUUUAUGGAAACGACGAACAGAGAAUGAUAACUUCGCAAACUUUCCCCUGCUGGACGACUGUGUAGGUAAGAUCGAAGACGUGUCUGGAAUUGGAGACAUUUCUGUACCUGGGGAGCUGAAGCAAGCAAUUGCCAUGCACUUAGAUGAGCUCGCAAAGUCUCUCGACGGAUACCUCCCCACCAGAGAGUCAUAUCCAGCAUGGGUGAGACAGCCGUUCACGUUUAGUGUUGCGACAGCAGAUGUCAACGAUGAAUACCUCGAGGAAAUCAUUGAACUUCAGCAGAGCCAGCUUCAACAGCAACUCUUCAGAACAACAACGCUCUCAACGUUUUGGUGUCACCAAAUCGUACCAUACCCUCUUAUUGCUAAGAAAGCCCUUGAGAUACUCACACCUGAUUUUGUGUGCAACUGA